GGACGCGGCGGAUACUCUUCUUCCUCCUCCCCUCUCCUGGUCAGGUCACUGGCCAGUGGUCACAGCUCGCCGGAGAGGAAGACAAGCUUGUGGUGGUCGCCGGCCGAUUGGCAAUCAUUCGGCAACGACGACCGAUGCUGGUUCAGCCGCCGAACGCCGUGGCGGUCCGGGCGACGGCGGCGGGCAAGGAGCCCCUCUUCUCGUUCGGCGUCAUCGCCGACGUGCAGUACGCCGACAUCCCCGACGGCCGCUCCUUCCUCGGCGUCCCCCGCUACUACCGCCACAGCCUCACCAUCCUGCAGAGAGCCGUCCGCUCCUGGAACGCCCACAACCACAAGCAUCCCGUCGCCGGCGGCGGCGUCCGCUUCUGUGUCAACUUCGGCGACAUCGUCGACGGCUUCUGCCCCAAGGACAGGUCGCUGGCUGCCGUCCAGGCCGUCGUCGCCGAGUUCGACCGCUUCCAUGGCCCGGCCUACCACAUGCUCGGCAACCACUGCCUCUACAACCUUCCCCGGAGCAAGCUCGUGUCGCUGCUCAGGAUGCCGUCGGGGCGCGCCUACUACGACUUCUCGCCGUUCCCGGGCUACAGGUUCGUCGUCCUCGACGCGUACGACUUCAGCGCCGUGGGAUGGCCGCGCGGCCACCCGGUGGCGGCGGCGGCGAGGAGGUUCUUGGACGAGAGGAACCCGAACGCGGACAAGAACAGCCCGAGCGGCCUCGCCGGCGUGGACCGGCGGUUCGUGAUGUUCAACGGCGCCGUCGGCGAGGCGCAGCUGCGGUGGCUGGACGGCGUGCUGCGCGGGGCGGCGCGGCGGCGGGAGGCGGCGGUGGUGUGCAGCCACCUGCCGCUGCACCCCGGCGCGGCGUCGCCGUCGGGGCUGAUGUGGAACUACGAGGAGGUGAUGCGCGUGGUGCACCGGCACGGCUGCGUCGCGGCGUGCCUCGCCGGCCACGACCACAGGGGCGGCUACGGCGUCGACGCCCGCGGCGUCCACCACCGCACCCUGGAGGCGGCGCUGGAGUGCCCGCCCGGCACCGACGCCUUCGGCCGCGUCGACGUGUACCCCGACGGCCUGACGCUCGUCGGCGCCGGCAGGAUGGGCAGCACAGACAUGCGGCUCCAGCUCCACUCCCCAGUGACUGAGCUCAGCUAGCUAAGCUAAAUCCUCUCUGCUGCCGCCAUUGUGCUAAUGCAACUGUUGUAAUAGUGGCAAUGUGAUUGACAGCACGUUUCAUGCAUCCCUAAAAAAAAAUAAUCUAGUGUCCAAUUGAUGUCUCGUCGUCGUCCAUGUCGCGCGGUUAGAAAUCAAAGUCGUUCCGAGGAGGAAGACGAGAGGCAGCGUGGGCCCGGUUCGGCAUAGAGGGGGAUGCGGUGUUGACCAGUCCAAUUUAUCCACGUGUAAUUUUGCUAUAUAUUUAUCAAUAAUUUUUCUCUAAAAAAAUAAUAAAUAUUGUAAAUUGCAUGUAACUAUAAUGUAACUUAUAUAUAACUUUCAUAUAAUUUUGAACCGUUAUAUUUGUUUCAA